AUGAUUGCUAUCAAUAUGCUGCCAUCUACAAUACCAGCAGAAAGGUCACAUUCACAAUCAGAAGCACAACAACCGACACAACAAAAAGAAUCACAGGAAUCAAUGUCCCUCCCUCUAGAGACUACCCAAUCAUCACCCACAAUCAAUAAUAUUCCAACUGCAUCAACAGAAACAAAAGCAGGUACAUCCACAACAACUCCUGCAUCAUCAUCCACAGCCCCCACACCUUCAGCUGCUAGUGAAGCUGGAUCACCUAGAAAACGAACUAUAGAUUUUGAAAAGAUUAGAGGGUUAUUACAAGAAGAGACAAAUGCAUAUCUCAAAGGAGUUAAAGACACUGAUGUUGAUUGGUUCAUUAGAGAUACUUCAAUGAAUACCAAUGUCACACCAAGUACGCUUACUUUGUCACUCAAUGCUGAGGCUAAGCAACCUAUCCUAAAGAAAUCAACUUCACAAACAAAUUUUAAAAUUGACCCCUCAGUAUUAGAUCAAGGAGAGACAUCACCAUCUGGUGUUUCAUCUCAUUUAAGUACCAAUAUAUCAAAUACCAAUGACAAUAUAUCAAGCAAAACGAAACCAUCAUUAGCCGAAGUACAAGAAGAAAGCAUUUCCUCAUCUCGAUGUCAACAGCAUCACGUCCCUGCAUCUACAUAUUCUCCUUCAAGAUCACAAUCUCAACCACAAAAUGAAUUCCCUUCACGCAGAAGAAAGAGUAGUACGGCUGGUUCGGUUACUAGUACAGCUAGCACCUCUUCAUUAACGGGAGGUCUUUUUUCCAAGUUGAAGGGUAAACUACAUAUUGCUUCAUCAUCGUCAGCAAACCCAUCUCCGUCAUCAUCUCCACCAACGUCAUCAUCUGCAAUGAAUAAGGCAGCUCCAAGCGGCUCAAAGCCAUCCUCCUUCCAGUUUAAACCUGACUAUGAUUUACGAUUGAAGAAGAAACUAAGCGAUUCGAGUAAUUCAUCACUGGGCAAUAGUCCCGUAGCUACCCCGACGAUCACACUAACUGAUCCCAAAAACAAUAAUAAAUUAACCAACCAUGACGAUACAUCAGAUCCAAGAUUAGAAGAAUAUAUCAAGUUUUAUCUGCAAAAAGAUAUCCGUCGUUCUUCAGUGGCAUCUAGAAAGUCGUCAGUAGUUUCAAAUGACAAAUAUCCAACUGCAUUAGUCAAUUGCUAUGAAGCUAAUCCAUCUAAUCAAAGCAAUUCCACAUCCAAACUUUCUUCAUUCUUACGAAGGAAAAGUGCCGUAAAAGGUAUGGAUAUGACCAAAGCAAAUGACUCAACUCCAUCAUUAGCGAGUGUUUCAACCGUUUCAAUUCCCAUUCCACCUAUUUCUGGACUUGAUCUUGACCCAAGUUUUAAAGGAUUAAAACCAUUGAAGCGAGUAGCAUUCCACUCAUCAACAUUCUUGAUUGACCCUCCUCAACAAAUCCCAUCUCGAAAUCCAAGAAAGGGAAAUGUUGAAAUUCUAGCUAAUGGCACGUAUCUUGUACACCCUUUAACUCCAGAAGAUAAGAUUGCUAUGGAAAAGUCACAAUUGGGAAUGGGUGGAGGUAUAAUUGUCGGAGGCUCUGGUGCCUUGGGUUAUAUGAAGAAGGAGGACAAGGAUCCAGAAGACGAAGAGAAUAAGGAACUGUCAUCUACAACAGAAGAAACGAAUAAAUCAUCCAAUGGUGAAGAAAAGGAAACCCAGAGCGAGGCAGAACCAAAGAAGAAAGACGAACCAGAGGAAGAGGAUGAAGAAGUAAAUGUCCAUGCCAAGUCAUUAGGAAUCGAUAAACCAUUAAUCCCACGUACACAAAUUUUGAACUAUAAGGCACCAGUCAAGAAAAUGGCAUUGGAUACAAUGUAUGCCCGUUGUUGUCACUUGCGGGAAAUCCUUCCAAUUCCAGCAAUACUUAAACAAAUUCCCAAAGGAUCAAUGGCACCUUUACCAGUGUUACAAUUACGUAAUCCAAACCCCACCAUGGUCGAAAUCCAAACAUUUGCCGAUUUUGUCAGAAUUGCUCCCGUUGUUUGUAUUUCAUUAGAUGGGGUUAGUUUAUCAGUUGAACAAUUCAAGAUUUUGUUGGCAUCGAUGAGUGCAAAGACUCAAUUGGAAAAAUUAAGUUUGAGAAACACGCCAAUCAACGAAGAAGGAUGGUCAUUGCUUUGUUGGUUCUUAUCAAGAAACAAAGUGUUGAAUAAAUUGGAUAUUACCCAAUGUCCUUCACUAGCUGUGAAUAUUUUGAAGAAGAGAAGGAAGAGACAGAAUAGUGAUGCUAAGAAGAAUGAGGAAAAGAUGACAAGAAUGACAUGUAAUCGAGACAAUAGAUCAGAUGUUGAUUGGUCCUUAUUUGUGGCUACUUUGGUGGCUAGGGGAGGUAUUGAAGAAUUAAUCUUGACAGGGUGUUGCAUUACUGAUAUUCAUAUUUUUGAAAAAUUGAUGAAGUUGGCAGUACUGAAGAAGACUAGUAGGUUGGGAUUAGCAUUUAAUCAGCUUUCAACUAGACAUUUUAAGAUUGUGGUUAAUAGUUGGUUAUUCCAAGAAUUUGCAAGAGGGUUAGAUUUGGGAUAUAAUGAUUUCCUGAGUGUUCAAUUUUUCAAAAUUUUAUUAGAUUAUUCCAAACGUGAUGAUUUUGACAAGGUUUUGAGUAAAUCAACAUUAUCGUUCCUUAGUUUGAAUUCUAGCAAUUGCACAUUUACUGAGAUUUUCAAAGAAGUGUUUGAGAAUAUUUUCAAAGAAGUGUUUGAGAAUGUAAUUAUGAAAUUUCCUAAUUUGAAAUAUCUUGAUCUUUCAAACAAUAAGAAGUUAUUUGGAACAUUUGGAAAGGCAAACAAUGAUGAAUUGACUACAGCUCUUGAUAUGGAUCUUUCAAAUUCAGCAACUAGCGAGCAUAGUGCCAAUUCAUCUUCGGCGCAAAAUGAAGUUGCAAUGGCUCAAUAUUUCACAUCUAGGUUCCCAUUAUUCCCGAAAUUGAUUAGACUCCAUCUUGAGAAUGAAAACUUUAGUCAAGCAUCAGUUUUACAAAUUGCUAGGAUUCUUCCAUUCUGUAAGAAUUUGGGAUAUUUCUCCAUUUUAGGAAAUAAGAUCGAUUUAACAUCCGCAAGUGCAUUAGUUAAUGCCGUUAAGAACUCCAAAACAUUGAUUAAUUUGGAUUGUAAUUUACUGGAAUUCCCUGACUUAUUCAAAGAAAGAGUUGGAUUGUAUACUAUGAGAAAUAUGGAAAGAUUAUUAUAUGCAUCAAAGAAAGUAAACGGUGUAGCUAUGAAAUUGUCCAGUUCACAACAAAGUACUAAUUCAGAAGAUGAAACAGAGUCACUUACCGAACAACUUAAUAAUAUCCUUGCUUUGAAGGCACAACAGAAAUUAGAUUUGAAAUCUCCAGAAGUCACGAAAUUCAUCUCUAGAGCCCAAAGUAUACGUCUUGAAUUAAGAGAAACAAUUGACGAUUUAUUGAAAUUACAAUUGAAAAAUGCAUUAGAUUUAGAUGGGAAGGAAACUUUGAUUCGAUUCAUAUUUAUUGAUUCUAGUAUUGAGAAGGGACUUCAAUUGAUUGAUUCAAGUUUAGUCGACAAUGAAAAAACAAAAGCAGAAUUAUAUCUUACGAAAGUUGGAGAACGUGAAAAAGAUCAUCAUGCAAGCCUGGAAUACUAUCAAGAUAGGACCCAUGAAGACCAUCUUAAUCAAGCCCAAGAUGUGGCCAAUAAUUCUAGAUCACCUAUGCGUAUGUCAAGAUCCAGCUCACGAAAUAGUAUAAGUUCGUUAGAAAGAGAGGAAGGUUCAAUUUUGAAAUUGUCGAGAUUGAGAGAUUUUCAUCAUCCUGCUAUUGCAGCUCGCGAAUAUGAAGGAUUAUCUGGCGAAGAAUUACGUAAGAAACUUAUGAGUGUCGAACUUUCGGAUUUGGAUAAGAUUAUUGGAUUUUUGGGUAGAUUGCGUGAAAAAGGUGUAUCUCUUGAGAACAUCUUCCAAAAUCACGGGGAAGUUGAAUUGACUAGACAAGUUCAUGAUGUUUUAGAUAUGUCGGAAAUCAAGCAGAAGUUGAAGGCAAUUGCUGAUUGUAUCGGAAAGGAGAAGGAGAAUGAAGAUAAGAAUAAAGAAAAGGAGCUGGAUAUCGACACCAAUGAAGACUCGAGUGAAGAUAAACCAAAGAAUGAAGAUAAGGAUGACUCAUCCGGGGAUCAAAAGCCAGAUCAAGAUACAGAAGAGGUUAAAGUUGAUUUAUUUAGUGAUAUCAAUGAAACGUAUGACAAGGUUUUGCGAAGCCUUACCAAUUAG